CCCAGCAGCCUGUGAUUGCCUAUGUAGUAUGGAUGGUGCGGAUGUGAUCAUUUGCUGUGUCCGGCCAUGAAGGGGUUAGCCCGGCAUCCAUCCACGUGAGCCGCUCCGCUCCUAUUGAUCGGAUGUGGGCAGACUAAUGCACAGCGCAGUGCUUUGCAGUGCUUGUCGGGGCUGCAGUGAGGCUGAGCACAGCGAUGCUGCUUUAACUCCACGUCAGAUGAAGUUUGAUCAAUAGCCCCCUGCUGGUCCAAUUGGAAGAGCCUUAUUCGUCUCAUCUCUCGCUCCCUUUCUCUGUCUCACUACCUCCAUCUUUGGGAAAAGUCCUCGGCGGUGUGUGAUUUGUAGAGCGCAGCCAAUGGAACUGUCCAGGGUGCUGUAAUCUAGGAGAGGAGAGGGCAGCGCUGCUCCAUCCCAGCCCGGCUCUGUCAGUUUCGUUUUAGAAAUUGCAUUUUUGGAAGGCUGUGAAAAUGGGGAAAAACCUGAUCCGGACUGUCUGUCUUCUUCUGCUGAGCCUGGCAGGGAAGAGCUUCGGAGGGUUCCCUAACACCAUCAAUAUCGGUGGGCUUUUCAUGAAAAAUACAAUUCAGGAACACAGUGCAUUUUUAUUUGCUGUGCAGCUGCACAACACCAACCAAAAUAACACAGAGAGGCCCUUCCAGCUGUUCCACCAUGUAGAUCACUUAGACUCAUCCAACAGUUUCUCAGUAACCAAUGCAUUUUGCUCUCAGUUUUCCCGUGGUGUGUACGCCAUCUUUGGGUUCUAUGAUCAAAUGUCCAUGAACACCUUGACGUCUUUUUGCGGAGCCCUCCACACUUCCUUCAUCACUCCCAGCUUCCCAACAGAUGCAGAUGUUCAGUUCGUCAUUCAGAUGAGACCAGCACUUAAGGGACCUAUCCUAACACUUCUAAAUGAUUACGAAUGGCAGAAAUUUGUUUACCUGUAUGAUACUGAAAGAGGAUUUUCCAUUCUCCAGGCCAUUAUGGAGGCAGCCGUACAGAACAACUGGCAAGUGACAGCCCGAUCGGUAGGGAAUAUAAAAGAUGUUCAGGAAUAUAAACGCAUCAUAGAGGAAAUGGACAGACGUCAGGAGAAAAGAUUUGUAAUAGACUGUGAAGUUGAGAGAAUAAAUACAAUUUUGGAGCAGGUUGUAAUCCUUGGCAAACACACACGGGGCUACCAUUAUAUGCUCGCUAACCUGGGGUUUACAGGCAUUUCAUUGGAGAGAGUCAUGCACGGUGGAGCUAAUGUCACUGGAUUUCAGAUUGUGAAUAAUGAGAACCCGCUUGUCCAGCAGUUUGUACAGCGAUGGGUGCGUCUGGAUGAACGAGAGUUCCCUGAAGCAAGGAAUUCACCAUUAAAGUUUACAUCUGCACUGACCCAUGAUGCAGUCCUGGUAAUUGCAGAAGCAUUUAGAUACUUAAGAAGGCAACGAGUGGAUGUCUCAAGAAGAGGGAGUGCUGGUGACUGCCUGGCAAACCCUGCAGUGCCUUGGAGCCAAGGGAUAGAUAUUGAACGGGCUCUGAAAAUGGUUCAAGUUCAAGGAAUGACUGGGAAUAUCCAGUUUGAUACAUAUGGAAGAAGAACCAACUACACCAUUGAUGUAUAUGAGAUGACAGUUACUAAACCUCGCAAAGUUGGACAUUGGAAUGAAUAUGAACGUUUUGUUCCUGCUCCUGACCAGCAGCCUGCAAAUGACUCUUCUUCUGUGGAAAACAAGACUAUUGUAGUUACAACAAUUUUGGAAAAUCCAUAUGUUAUGAAAAAGAAAAACUAUGAGCAGCUAGAUGGCAAUGACAAGUACGAAGGGUACUGUGUGGACCUAGCUAGUGAAAUUGCAAAGCAUGUUGGGAUAAAAUACAAACUCUCCAUUGUUGAAGAUGGCAAGUAUGGUGCCCGUGACCCUGAAACUAAAAUAUGGAAUGGAAUGGUGGGUGAACUUGUGUAUGGGAGAGCAGACAUAGCUGUUGCCCCUCUCACCAUUACUCUGGUACGGGAAGAAGUGAUUGAUUUUUCAAAACCAUUUAUGAGCCUUGGGAUCUCCAUCAUGAUUAAGAAGCCUCAAAAAUCAAAACCAGGAGUGUUUUCCUUCCUGGACCCCUUGGCCUAUGAAAUAUGGAUGUGUAUAGUUUUUGCAUAUAUCGGAGUCAGUGUAGUUCUUUUCCUUGUGAGCAGAUUCAGCCCUUAUGAAUGGCACUUGGAGGACACGGAUGAAGCUCGUGACCCUCAGAAUCCUCCUGACCCACCAAAUGAAUUUGGGAUAUUUAACAGCCUUUGGUUUUCCCUGGGUGCCUUUAUGCAGCAAGGAUGCGAUAUUUCUCCAAGAUCCCUCUCUGGGCGAAUAGUUGGAGGAGUGUGGUGGUUCUUCACUUUAAUAAUAAUCUCCUCCUAUACUGCCAACUUAGCUGCUUUCCUUACAGUGGAAAGAAUGGUGUCUCCUAUAGAGAGCGCAGAGGACCUGGCUAAGCAAACAGAAAUAGCUUAUGGCACAUUGGAUUCAGGCUCUACCAAAGAAUUUUUCCGGCGUUCUAAAAUAGCGGUCUAUGAGAAAAUGUGGUCUUAUAUGAAGUCUGCAGAACCAUCUGUGUUUACUAAAACCACAGACGAUGGUGUGGCUCGUGUUCGGAAGUCUAAAGGAAAGUUUGCCUUCUUGCUGGAAUCUACGAUGAAUGAGUACAUUGAGCAAAGAAAGCCAUGUGACACCAUGAAAGUUGGAGGAAACCUCGACUCCAAAGGCUACGGAGUGGCAACACCAAAAGGCUCAGCAUUAAGAACUCCCGUAAACCUUGCAGUAUUGAAACUCAGUGAACAAGGCAUCUUAGACAAGCUGAAAAACAAAUGGUGGUACGAUAAGGGUGAAUGUGGAGCCAAGGACUCCGGAAGUAAGGACAAGACAAGUGCUCUGAGCCUCAGUAAUGUUGCAGGGGUAUUUUAUAUUCUUGUUGGAGGUCUUGGACUAGCCAUGAUGGUGGCUUUGAUAGAAUUCUGCUACAAAUCACGAGCAGAAUCCAAAAGAAUGAAACUGACAAAGAACGCACAAAACUUUAAACCUCCUCCUGCAACCAGCACCCAGAAUUAUGCUACUUACAGAGAAGGUUACAAUGUCUAUGGAACGGAAAGUGUUAAAAUUUAAGGAUAUCCAGAAGAGCCAAGUGAUUGGGUUAAAAUUGAAAAUGAGGCUUCCUCCUACAUCCUCACCAACUGAGCCAGUUAUACUCUUUCCUUGGUGUCGGGAAUGACACAAAUUGCUGAUGGUGCAAAGAACUUUUACUAGAAAGAACUGAUUUUUUUUCCUUCAGUGCCUUAUGGAACAUUCUGAGUCUCACAACAAUGCAAACUAAAAUGCUAAUGCUUUGCUUGAAAAAAAAAUCUUAAACUGGCCACAAGAUAAGAUUAUCUCAUGUAAGAAAAUGUACUCUUAUAAAGAACACAUUCUAUAAAAGCCAUUGAUUAUAAGCACUCUACAGGGCCUCAGAUGGUCUAUAUGCAUUUUUAAAGGUGCGUUCACUCUCUUGUUGUGAGUAACACUUUCCCACUGUCUCGUCUUCGUUGUAGCUACCUGCUAUUUGUCUCACUAAAAUCACUCAAGCUGUCAGGGGUCAUUUUUUUAAACAAAUUAUAAAUUGAUGCCUCAGUUUAAUUUGAAGAUGACAAAAAUAUAAAAAACUGUCUUAUUAUCAUGUAAAGGAGAUCACUGUGUGUCUACAUUUAAUUUAUUGUGCGUGUAGAGUGAAUGCACUUUUAAACUACUGAGUGUUACUUUAACAUGUUUAUGCUGUUAUUGUUAGUAAUGCUGUUAUAUGUUAUUACGGACAGCCUGGUAACUAACAAUGUCUUUUGGGUUCUUCCUAAUAAUGGUAAAGCCUAUACCUGAAGUGUAACCUCUGUCUUUCCUUUGAGAUAAACACAAUGAAUGCAACAUUUAGGCAUGGAAGAAAAGAAAACAACCAUAAUUAUUUCAGGUUAUAUAUAUAUAAAUAUAUUUUUUUAUCUAAAGAUCUGAGACACUGCUUAAGAAAUUAAGUAGUGACUCGUUCAGUGCUUUAAUAGGCUUAAUGUGACAUAUAAAAAUGUAAACUUCCUGGAACUUAUGUAUCAACUGUAGGUACUGACAACAUUUUAUUUAGACAAUUUUCUUGCAUCUUAGUCUGGUGUUUUAUAAAUCAGGACAAUACUUUUCAACCUACAAGCAUUUAUUCACAAACAUGAGUCAUUUGUUAAAAAUAUUAUGAUAGUUAAUAACAAGAUAUAGCAGUAUGACAUAUGUUUUUAAGACCACAAUAAUGUUUGCAACUAUGUCUAAAUUGAAAAAGCUAAUUAUAAUGUUACUUAUAUAAGAUUAUGACUAUAACAACUGUAUCAAGACAGACUGUGGAGUGGAAUGUAUUUUUUUACUUGUUGUUUAUUGAGAUAUUGAGAUUUCAAUACCAUGUCACAUAAAAAAACAUAAUAUACUUAGCUGUCACUUCUGAAAUUUAUAAACCUAACUUUGACUCACCUUACAAAUAGUAACAUGAGUAAAUGGCUUAGUUACUGGUAUGAAAUAAAGGUAAGAUCAGAAUUACCCUUUUACGCUCAUCAGUUCUGCCUCUAGCUAAUAGGCAUAGGAAUUUGGGCAGAGACAGAGUAGAACCGGCAGGUGGCAUUACUUGCAAGUAAAUAGCUAGUAGUAGUUACACAGACAAUCAACUAAACUUUUUUUAAAUGGCAAACACAUUUGUCAGCAUAUCCAAUCAAAUUCUGCAGUUCGAAUGCAGGCUACAAUCACCUUGGGCUAUAUUCCUGACACUCAUUAGAACUAAAGAAGUGGCUUGGAUGAGCUUAAAAACAUUUUUAACAUUACAGGACAAAUUUCGUUUAUUGUAAGUAAAUGUGUAUAUGUACACAUGCAUGGGUUGACAUAUCUACUUAUGUUACAAUCUUUUAUUCAUGGGGCUAAUUCGAUAAACCAUUCAUUUUGCUUAGUAAUGUUGUGUCCACUUAGCUGUUCAGGCAAAUAAAAUACAAAAAUAUGAAUUCCCCUUGUGCAUGAUUGGAUGAAUAAAGUGAACACAACUUUACAGAUCUAAGUGAACAUUCUACUCCUUUAAAAAAACAACCUGAAAUAUGUAUGGCCAUUUCAUACACAGUUUAGUGAAAUGUUAAACAAAAAAGCUAGAAAAAUUAUAAAAUUUCUGCAAUAUUUAUUGAUUUAUGUUAUUAAAUUGUAAAUGCUUUUAGGAAAAUAAAAAAUGUUAUACUCUU